AUGACGAUUUCUCUAAUAGACAUUCCUGAAAAUGUGUUGGCUGAUAUAUUUCGAAAAUGCGGAUUUUUAUCAAUUCAAUUUCGAAACUUCAUCGAUGAUGUCAAACCUUGUAUGGAUAUGGAUUCCAUCGAAGUGAAUGCGGGAAUAAGGAAAAUAAGCUUGCGAAUGAAUUCAUACCACUUUCGCAGUUCUGCGUAUGUGAAAUAUGAAGAUCAUCCAAAAGGAUGCGUUGUUUCUUAUUAUAAACAAGAAAUGAAACUACCUCCGCCACUUCCGCCACUUCAAAGUAGACCCGUCCCUGAAUGGGCACAAAGAAGUGGAAAAUAUUCACCUGUUCCAACUUAUAAUGGGCCAAAACUAAAGGAGUGCAUUCUUGAAGGAGUUGAAUUGAUGGAUGCAUUUUCAAACGAUUUUCAAGCAGUCAUAGGCGCCCAACGAUCCAAAACCGAAUUUUUUCGAGUUCAUCUAGUAUGUCUCCGACCGCCACCGUGCCCGACAAGAAGUUUUCCGAUGACUAGGUCAAUCAAUACCAAUCAACGACCUUACGGAAAUGUGAUUCCGUACACGAUGCUUUCAUAUUUCGAAACUCGGGAAAAGUUUGUAUUUCGAUUUUUGAAUGCGUUGGAGCAAACUCUACAGUCUCGAAAACAGCUAUUAAAAGUGGAAAAUUGUUCUAUGGAAGUAAUUAAAUGCGAACAGCUACUUCAAAUCUUGCCUAACAUUGAUUCGAAAUAUUUGAAAUCCAUUGAAAUAUCCAGUCCAAAAAUAUGUCCACACGAAGAGUUCGAAAUGGAUAGACUUGUGACUUCAAAUCAGUGGAGGAAAGCAAAAACAUUUGGUUUAAGAUCAUUUUAUGUGUCAACUCCUAUCAAUAACUUUUUGCAUUUCAACUCUGCAAAAUUUCAUAUACACUCGGUGUGUUGCGAGGACUUGAAGACAAUGCAACAGGUUUUCAUAAAUUCUUCAAAUUUCGAAAGUUUCGAGAUUGGAUACAAUAAUUUCGAAGGAAGAGAGAAUCUUAUCCAGACAUUCGGAGAAGCCGAGACUAAUGGUAGAUGGUACUUCUGGAUAUUUCCCAUUCCCCAAUCGGAAAACGUUUUGUUUUUGAAUGUAAUUUUGUGUCAUCCUCAUAUCAUUUGUUUCACUCGGUGUCCAGAAUCUACGCCUCCACAGAAGGGUUGUGUUAAUUGUCAUUAUUCAUAUUAG